ACCUACUUAAUAAAUAAAAGCACGGCGCGUAUUCUUAAAUAUUCUUUUAAGCCGCUAUUUCGCGCUAUAAUAUUAAUAAACUCGUUAUUCUACUUUAAUAAAGUCGAUAUCUUAAUAAAUCGAAAUAGUCUUAAGAAGCUUCUUAACUUCUACUAA